AUGACAAUCUAUGAAAAUAUUUCAGUUAAAUAUCUACCAGUAGUACCUGAUAUUGAUGUUUCUCAAUCUAUCGGUCAACGAAAAGAAAAGCCAUUGAAUCCAUUAACUGAACAACAUGUUACAAUCGACGAAGUUCUAUUAAACGAACAAGUCCAGGAUAUGAAUGAACCAUUGUUGGAAUAUGGACUAGUCAACGUCAGAAAUGAAGUUUCAAAUGUGAAUACAUUUUUAGAAUCGUUAGUUGUAGAGUUGGUCUAUAAUUUUGAUCCAGUAAGUACAAAACAGAAAAUUAAUAUUCAACAUAGACAACAAAUAAUGAAACAAUCAUUUUGUAUUUAUCUUCCUUCGAUUUUAAUCUAG